AUGCCAUCCCAGCGGCUCAUACGCGGGCUGAAUCAUCGGCCUAAGCAACCCAAGGCAUCCACCCCGUUGCAACGACAGCUAGAACUCAGCCGGAUACGAGAUUUGGCGCAUGCUGAGGCCUCAGACGCUGCAAUUUCCCAAGGGCUGAACAAUCCUGGUGGACCUCACCAACCUAUAGGCGCUGUACCGGACUUACCUGACCCGCGCAACGAAAACAUGAUUCCGGAAGAAGAACCUCCCAAAGACGAAGAUGAGAUAGACAUGAAUCGAUUCAUGCCUAUGCCGCAUGAAGAGUUUCCUGAGCAUCAUGACCUUCCUGAAGUCCCCAACGACCCGAUAUUGGCCGGUCUGCGAAGGCAAUUACACUUAGCUGAUCGCCUGGCCAACGAGAACCGAUGGAGUUGGCAGUACGCGAUAAUGUUACCCACCUUUCUUAGAAGGCGGUUGCAAACAUCAAAUUGGGGGAAUCAAGUUAAUUGGAAUGAAGACGUACGUACUCCCUGCACGUGCUCUUUGCGGACGGAGCGCAAUGUGGACCUUGUGGAUAUCCUAUCCAGACGGCGAGUGAAGAUUUCCUUUUGCCGAAAUUGCGAUCUUUCGGACCCUCAGAGGCUGCUGCAGAUGGGUUACCUUGCUGCGUCACCAUCGCGCCCUCGCACCGCGUUCUCGGUUAGACUUAUGGUUCACCAUUACUCUCAGUGGAUUCGCUUUGCGAUUCCAACUGAAGGUUACUGUCAAGCACUGGAUGACGUGCUUAACAACAACAGUCCAGAAAUCCUUACACCUAAAGGGCACGUACGUAAGAACUUAUCAAUGUUAAAUUCAUUUGAAAAACCAUGUGACUAA